AUGGCGCAAGACCAUGCAGCUCACCCUACUGCGGACACGUCCGCGACGUCGACCGACAUGGACCGCGACUUCUUCUGCUUUCCGUACGAGCCAUACGCAAUCCAACUGGACCUUAUGCGUCAGAUAUGGCACACACUCGAGCGCCGCCGCUGCGGAAUCUUUGAGAGUCCAACCGGUACGGGGAAAUCCAUCAGUCUCAUCUGUGGUGCCCUCACGUGGCUCACAAAGCACACGGACGAGUUUGGGUUACCCCGAGCUGACGGUCCCACGUCAACGCCGUCAAGUGCGACGGUCUCAAGUGUACCGGUCACCGGCGCUGAACCCACUUGGCUCGACGCCUUUGAGCACAAGGCAGCAGAUCGGAUGGCUACAUAUCGUCAAGAAAAAGUACAAGAAGCUCUGGCAGAGGUCGAGAAGAUACGAGCGGAACCGGAUGUGGUGACCAGAAAGCGCAAGAUGCGCAUUGCGUACGAUUACAGUGACCGGACACGGAGGUGUCGAAAGAAAAACAGCUGUAAAGAGAGCAAGUCGGACGACGAAGACCAUUUGGUGGACGCUUACGACAGCGAUCGAACAAGUCGAUGCACUCAAAGCAGUGACGACGAUGACGAGUGUAGCACAGCUUCGAGGGAUCAGAAGCAGCAGUCUCGAAGAGAGGAGAACGAGGACUUUGGAGUGGUGAAGAUCAUCUACUGCAGUCGGACGCACUCGCAGAUCUCGCAGUUUGUUCGCGAGAUACGGAAAACAGAGUUUGCAAAGCACAUUCGGGUCGUGUCGUUAGGCUCACGCAAGAACUUGUGCACGAAUCCAAAAGUCGCAACAAUGGCCUCGGACGUGAGGAUGACCGACAAGUGCUUGGACAUGAUGCAAAGUAAGAAGAGUAAAGACGGCACCAAGGUUCGCAAGUGCCCGUUCUACGAAAAAGAGCUACUUGGCCACUACACAAAUCACGCUCUGGCACGUGUACAAGAUAUCGAAGACCUCCUCACGUUGGGCGAGGACAUGUCAAUUUGCUCGUACUACGGUACGCGCGAAAGCAUUCCACUUGCUCAAAUCGUCACGGUGCCAUAUUCGAUGUUACUCAGUAAAGACACUCGGGAGACUAUGGGUAUUGCGCUGGACAACAACAUUGUUAUCUUCGACGAGGGACACAACAUCGUCGAUGCAAUCAACAACACGUAUAAGGUCGAGAUCACCAGCAAGCAGCUGGUGGUAGCACGAAGAACGUUGUGGUCAUACUUCACAAAGUAUGAAAAACGCUUCAAGGGCAAGAACGCGUUCUAUAUCAAACAACUGCUGACAAUGUUGGAGUCUAUGACAGCAUUUCUUCGCCAGCUGAGCAAGUCUGCUAGGCAAAACAGGGCAGCUGGUGACAUGGAUGACGGAGUCACUGGCGCACAGAUGAUGUCGAUCAACGAUUUUGUGUUCAGCGCGCGGAUCGACCACUUCAACAUGUUUAAGAUCUUGGAGUAUCUGAGUGAAAGCGAGUUGGCCAAGAAGCUCAUGGGUUUUGUCGACUCCACGAGAAUGGAAUCUCCUGCUGUAACCGCUUCGUUAGAUGCGUCUACUGUUGAUCCUGCCGAAGGCUUUGAGAGCCGUCACGCAUCACCGCUUCGAACGGUCGAAGCUUUGCUGAAGGCCUUGACCAAUGCAGGAAAAGACGGCCGGAUCCUCGCACAGCCGCACAAUGCACAGAAAGGUGUGGAAGGAUUGAUCAGGUUCAUCUUGCUGAACCCUGUCGUUCACUUUCAAGAAAUAGUGACGAAAGCGCGGAGCGUCAUUCUUGCUGGAGGAACAAUGCAACCGGUCUCACAAGUGAUUGAUCAGCUGUUUACUUCAAUACCGAGAGAAGACAUCGACUUGUUUUCGUGUGGACACGUCAUUCCUCCUGAGAAUUUACUCGGUUUCAGCCUCCCGUCAGGUCCUACGCAAAAGCAUCUCGAAUUCACGUUCGCUCGACGCAGCGAUUUCGAAGCGAUGGACGAGCUUGGGCGCAUCCUGCUUAACCUUGCGCGCAUUGUGCCAGGUGGAAUCGUGGUCUUUUUUCCUUCGUACCGUUUCGAAGAAAACGCAGUAUGUCGAUGGCAGGUGACAAAGCAGUACGAGCAGAUACAAGCGAAGAAAGACGUGUUCAGCGAGCCGAAAAAGUCGGCUGAACUUGCUGAGGUACUCAAGCAAUACUCAGCGGCGUGCGCGCAAGGCAACUGCGACAAAAGUGGUGCCAUGCUGCUGAGUGUCGUCGGGGGUAAAAUGUCCGAGGGAAUCAACUUUAGUGACGAGUUGGCACGGUGUGUUGUGAUGGUGGGUAUGCCUUACCCGAACGCUCGCGAUCCAGAAAUCGUCGAAAAGAUGGGCUUCUUGGAGAAGAGAAGCGCUGGGGCUGGACGACAGUUCUACGAAAGUCUCUGCAUGAAGGCGAUCAACCAGUCCAUUGGAAGGUCUAUUCGCCAUCAAAAUGAUUUCUCUACCAUUCUGCUGGUCGACCAUCGCUACUCAAGUCAGGCCGUUCGCAGUCGCCUACCAGAGUGGAUCCAAAAGCGCAUGCAACCACCAAUGCCAUUCGGGCAAAUGUACUCGCAGCUCGUACAAUUCUAUCGAGCAAAAGGAAGCAAAAAUGUGGCAACUGAGACAAUCGGUUGA